CCCCAUACUGCUUGCUUUCUCUCCAUCCCCACCCCCCCUGCGCUGCCUCAUCCCAAUCCAGGUGCGCUCAUUCGCUUCGCUUCGCAACGCCGCAGCAGCCGCUGCCGCCACUGCAACCGCCUCCUCCCACUCCCCAUCCCGUGCCGCAACACCUGGCGGCACUGGAUUGGCCGGGAGGAUCUCCACUGCCGUUGCUGGUGCGGCUAAUGCAGGCAGUGCUGCUGCUGGCAGAUCACCCCAUGCAAUCCCUCAUUUGUCUGCCUCAGCUGCUGCUGCAAUUUUGGCGCGAGAAGCGCAGCCGGAAGCCAUAGUUCGGGUGCCGAAGCAGCCUGAGGUUGAGUCGCCUCCAGGCACACCACCGAACGAGAUGGAGCUGAAUGAAGGGGAGGAGGGGCAGGCUAUGAAGGUAAUCAAGAGGAGUGCUGCAGAUGAGGCAGAGUGUCUAUCACGACAGCUUGAUUAG